GACAUUAACAUCGGUGUGAUACUCUCCAACACACUUAAGAUGUCUGGGAAAGCUUGUUACGAGACCCAGAUAUUCGGCUCCUGGGGCAUCGAGUACCCGGAGGCCGUAGCGUUUGCCGUCCACCAAAUCAACAAUAAUUCAAAUCUACUAUCAAACAUUUCCCUGGGGUUUUACAUCCUAGACGACUGCUCAUCCACAGCAAUGGCCUUGGCACAAGGGCUCAAAUUCGUCCAGCAAAACGAGAAGAGCUAUAACGAUUAUCAUGAAGGGAACUGCGCCACAACGACGUCAGCUACCGGAAGUUUUAACGAUGUGAUCGGCGUGGUGGCACCAAUGACCAGCGUGGCGGCUGUGUCUCUCUCCUACAUCUAUAGCGCCGCAAAAGUUCCCCUCGUUGGCUACAUCACCUCGAGUGAUGAACUGAGCGACAAAACUCUUCACCCGAUCUUUAACAGAGUCAUUGGACCUGACAAAUUCCAAGCCCAAGCGAUUCUUGAGUUCAUUUCCCACAUGGGGUGGUCCUACAUUUCCGUCAUCUAUUCCCUGGGACCUUACGGGGAGAGGGCGUUCGACACAAUCAAGGCAACAGCGGCAAUUCUUAAAAUAUGCAUCGCAACGUCACACCGAGUCAGUGACAUGGAUGACACAGACCCCGUCGCUCGGAGUUUGCUUACCGUCCCCAGGGUGCAUGUUGUCAUCUUAUUUGCGGAGGAAAUUCCAAUAAAACAUCUGCUGGUGUCAAUGGAGAAAUAUAACGGCAAGGGACGAUUUAUUUGGAUCGUGAGUGACUCUUUUUCCAUAGCGAGCAAAGAGUCCAUCGCCCAGCACAAGGAUAUAUUAAAAGGCGCAUUCACAUUUUUCUUUAAUGCUUCACUGGUUCCAGAGUUCUACGAGUACAUCAGUAAACUAAACCCCGAGACGUCCACCAACCCAUGGAUGAUGCAAGCCUGGGAGGAUCUGACAAGCUGUUCGUUUCUUCGUGGAACUUGUGAUCCGAAGGCCGACAUACUACGGCAACCUUUGUUUGAAUUUAUGCUCACGCCGGCGCUACUCAUGGACGCUGUGAACACAAUAGCCUACGGCGUGCAUGGUUUAAUUCGAGACGUGUGUCUCGGUGCAAACGUCUCCGAAAUCAGUGAAUGCGUCAGAGGACAUGAUUUAACGGGGUAUAUCCGAAAUGUCACUUUUCGUGGCUACACGGGAGACAUAAAAUUUGAUCAAAAUGGUGACAUCUUAGGGAAGUACGUCAUUUCUCAGCUGGUUUAUGAUACCGUGGAUACACCACUCGGAUACGGCGAUACCAACUCGUCAAGGGUCGUGGGACUCGUUGCGAAACAUGUUGCAACUUACGACCGGUCUACGGAGCACAUAUCGUUCACGGAGAGGAAAAUCACCUGGGAUCAUCUGAUAAAGCAAAACCGAUUGGUACCAUUGGAAAUAUCAGAAAAAGACUCGGGAAUUCCCGAAUCGGUGUGCAGUCGACCGUGCGUUGUCGGUGAGUACAAGAUCCCGAAACAGCUUGAAUGCUGCUGGGAGUGCAGAUUAUGUCGAGACAACGAGAGAAUCGCUGACAAUAGAACUAGCUGCGAACCCUGUGAGCUCUUCACCUGGCCCGACCCGAACACAGAUUACACCUCGUGCAGCCCCAUCCCGCUGUCGUUCCCUCCAGUGUCCAGCACGUUGUCCGUUUUGCAAAUUUGCUUCGCGUUCCUCACCAUAGCAGUGACGUUAAUCGUCUGUGGCGCCUAUUAUUUUUACCAAGAGUCGCGUGUCAUUAAAGCGUCCAGUAGGGAGCUGAGUGUCCUCCAGCUUGCGGCCAUCCUCCUCGGUUAUCUAACGGUCAUCUGCUUCCAGGUGGAGCCAUCUGGUCCACUGUGCAGUAUGGUCUAUUUCCUGUUCUGUCUGAGUUUCGACUCGCUCUAUGCUCCAUUGCUUGUCAAGAGUGUCAGGAUCUAUCGAAUUUUUCAGAGUGGCUCCACCAACACAAAGUCGCUGAUAUUCACCAGUCCAAAGUCUCAAAUGUUCAUAGCAUUCCUCAUAAUUUCAGUCCAGGUAAAAUAUUCGUUUUUUUAAUAAGAAAAUGUAUAAUAAUGAAUAAUCUAAUUCAUCAAACCAAACACAAUGUCAUUGAUAACAUUAUUCAAAUUCAUUCUCUAAAGUUUGCUUUCAUCCAUAUCGGUGCUCAUUUGUAAUCACAUUAUCAUAUUUAUGCAUUUUACUUUCUUUCUGGCAGCCUCUGUCAAUUGCAUAUUCUUAAAGGUAUUUUCUUCAAAGUUUUCCAACGAGACCAUCAGUCUUCCCCUCCAAACAACCUCCUCCGCGUACUCUCUCUGUCCCCAAGACUCGCAAAACACAUAGGUGAACGAUCUUUCUCUUUCUGUGCCCCCAAACAAUGGAAUUUUCUUCCACUACACAUCCGCAAUAUACCGACCACCACAGCCUUCAAAACUGCACUCAAACAUAUCUCUUAAAACUCUACUAUCCUGACUGAUUCCCCCUCUGACCGAUAAACGAUGCUGCUUUGUGCCGUCCAUGGCUUGACAUGUAAAUAGUUCUGGAAUGGGUUUUGUGAAUAUACAUUUGUUUUGUUUUAUUUAAUUAAUGCAUGUUAAUUUUUAAGUUCCUGAAUAUGUUUGUUAAAUUGUAUGUACAACUCAGUGAGACCAGCCCUAGGCUGGGGUUCCGCUCUGUAUAAAAUUGCUAAUAAUAAUAUAAAAAUAAGUUGAUAUAUUCUUUCCAACUCUUCCAAGACUGUAUUCUCACUUUAAAACUCAAUAGUUAUUUUUAACUCAAAAAGGCAUUUUUUAAGACUGAAAAAAAAAAUGUGUACGAUGAAUUACAAAAACAAAUUUCCAUUUAUUUGGAUCAUUAAAUAUUUCUUAUCUUAUCUACAAGUUGACAUCUUCCUUCUAUCAACCAAAACUCAUUUAUGGUUCCAGUUCCAUCAUAAGUUGACAAUUCGCUUCUAUUAACAACAAUUUUCUACAUUUCUAGUUUUCAUAAAUCGUACAAUUAGACCUAGAUAUAAGAAUGAGCUAUGCUGACCGAAACACCAAAGAACCGAAAAUAUUUAGAUAUAUUCAGGUUCUUAAAAACAAUCAUGGUUAUUUUCUAUUAUUUUACGGUAAUCAAAUAAAUUUAUUUGCGAAAAAAUAAAAUAAAUACGCUUUUAUUUUAGUAAAAGUUUAAAUAUUAUUAUUAUUAAUUAAAAAUACAUUUAACGUAAAAACUAAGGAACUCUUUUAAGCAUUUUAUCCGAAAUUAAAAGUUAUGAAAAAAAAAUUAAAAAUUAUGAUCUAAGAAUUACAUGGUAAUCCCAAUUAUCGGGAAAACCCAAACAUCUGUUGUUUUAGUGCGUUUUUAGUGCACUGUUAAUAUUGCGAAUAAAAUUAAAAUUAAUUUGUUUUCAAUAAAUGCGCAAAUGACAUCAUAGCGCAAAUCGCUUAUGUUAGCUAAACUCUUAAAUGUCUAUGAUUUAAUAAAAGCGCGUUACAAAACUAAUAAUGUAUUUUCCUCGUCUUAAAAGUAAAAUUAAUAAAUAAAAUUGAUUGAUUUUUAAAUUCUUAAUAAAACACACAGACCUUUCAGCUUUGUAUUUUUAACAUUUAAUAAGUUUUUAUUUUUUUAAUUCCAAAAAAUAUACUUUUAUUUAAUUUAUGACGUAAUAAAAACUUAACUUUUAAAUAUACUUCUAAAAAGAAAAUGCCGUUUAAAUCAUGUAGGAGCCAGAAUAAAUAAUAAAUAAUUUAAUCUUGGCCGCUAAAAAUAUAGAAGAAGAAGAAGUCAAUGAUAGCAGCGAAACUCCAUAUCCAAAUAGCAUUCACUAAUCCCCUUAUAACUCAUCCAAAUAAGAACAAACCAUAUGAACUGCAAAAUAUGUUAGUUUUGGGUAUGGACGGGACUACAAUACGGUGAAAAAUUUAUUACUCUUAUUUAAAUCCCCUGGGGUUGGUCGUUUUGCCCCACACAGCACAAGAUAUGUCUCAAAAUAAAGGAAUGAAUUUGAUAACUAAUUAACCUUCUUGGGUACAUACAUAUCGGAGGUUGGAAAUAGAAUGUGUAUAUUCUUAAGUGGCUAACAAUAUAUUUAAAUCCUAUGGUAUUACAUUUGUAAAAAAAAGAGGUGUUACAUUCUCUUUUUAAAAAUAAAAAUAUGUUUACCAAUUAAGAAAAUUAAUGCUGUUAAUAAAACUUUGGUACAUUUAUAUAAAAAUACCUAUGAAUAUCAAAACCCAAUUAUUUUACACACUUGAAAAUUUAAUUUUGAAAACUGGAUAAGGUUUAAUAUUUUCUUUUAAAAAAAUGAAAAUAUAUUUUUGUCUUUACGUUGCGAAAUGUAAAGUGGGUGUUUAUUUUUAUGAGAUUAACAAACAAAAUUUUUUAAGACACUCAAUACUUAGAGACGUGAAAAACGUUUGCAAGAAUCUUCUUUAGAUCAAAGAAUUCUUUGUUUUACGAUUUUCAGAUAAUGUAUAAUUUAAAAAAUAAAGCAAACGUGUGUCUAAGGUUUUGAUAAAGAUAUCCUUUAAUAUAAAAAAUAUUUAUAUCAUAUAUAGUUUUUUUUGGGUUGUAAAUUUAAGAUAAGUUUUCACAAUUUUUAGAGAAAAAGAGCAUGAAAAGGGGUUAAUCCAAAGUAUUUCUCUAGCGUAGAAAUGGUCCCUAAAUUAACUUCUUUAAUGACAAAAAUGUUAUAAUUAGUGAUAAUUUAGAUUGGGUAAUUUAAGCUCAUGUUUAGAAAAGGGGGGGGGGAGUAGUUUAUGGGCGUGAAAGGGAGUAGGGUAGUCAUAUAAUAUAGAGCAGAUAAACACUUCUCAAUCCUUAAUAAUGUUUGAAACGUAAAUGGAUAGUUCUUUUUAAAGUUAGGAAUUGUGAUGAGUUUUGAGGGGCUCAUUCUGGCUCCUGGUUUAAAUUCAGAGUUUGCCUUCUCUUAGAUGGGUUGCCCGUCCAAGGCUAUCGAGUCCCAACUACCCGGAGUGCUUGGGAUGUUGGCUUUGGUGGGGAUUGAACUACAGACCACCAACUAUUUGGUUUGAAACAGUUUAGACCGCUCGGCCACCCAGCACUCAUAAAGACACUUAUGGAACCCUCCAACUAAUUAUGGGGGACGGCAUUAAAACCUCUAAGGUCCUCAGGUGUAGUGCUGGUCCAAAAAGGUCGAGAGACUUGUUGGGUGCUUGUGCAUUUAUUUCUUUAUUUUUAUUGGGUUAUGCUAAACGUCCAUUGUCGUCCAAAUACAGACGGCAUCAAGUAGAAUACAGAACAGGACUAAAGAGCCCUGAUAUUAUCAAAUAGACCCUGAUUCGUACGGUAAAUGGGCUUAAUAUUGCGUACUGUCAUGUGAAAAGUGCAAAUCUCUGUCAGUUCUGAUGUACUUUGAAAUUUAACAUUGAUACAAAUAAGCCUUAAAUUAAGCGGUGCAACAAUCAUAUUUCAGAUUGAAUGGUGUUACAAUCAUAUUUCAGAUUGAAUGGUGUCACAAUCAUAUCUCAGAUUGAAUGGUGUUACAAUCAUAUCUAAGAUUGAAUGGUGUUACAAUCAUAUUUCAAAUUAAAUGGUGUAACAAGCAUAUAUCAGAUUGAAUAGUUUAAAAAUCAUUUCUCAGAUGGAAUGGUGUUACAAUUAUAUUCAGAUUGAAUGGUGCAAUAAUCAUAUCUCAGUUUCAAUGGUGUGACAAUCAUAUCUCAGAUUGAAUGGUGUACCAAUCAUAUUUCAGAUUGAAUGAGGUUUGAAGGUUAUCUCGAUUAUGUAUUUUUAUUAUCACAAUUUGUACUGAAAUGCGUGGAAAUCUCACCGUGAAGUAUUACAAUCUUACAUCUCAACAAGCAGUGUUACAAUAUUACCUCUCACUGAGCAGUGUUACAAUCGUACCUCUCACCAAGCAGUGUUACAAUCGUACCUCUCACCGAGCAGUGUUACAAUCGUACCUCUCACCAAGCAGUGUUACAAUCGUACCUCUCACCGAGCAGUGUUACAAUCUUACCUCUCACCGAACAGUGUUACAAUCUUACCUCUCAUCGAGCAGUGUUACAAUCGUACCUCUCACGAGCAGUGUUACAAUCGUACCUCUCCCCGAGCAGUAUUACAAUCGUACCUCUCACCGAGCAGUGUUACAAUCGUACCUCUCCCCGAGCAAUAUUACAAUCUUACCUCACACAGAGCAAUGUUACAAUCGUACCUCUCACCGAGCAGUGUUACAAUGUUAACUCUCAUCGAGCAAUGUUACAAUCUUACCUCUCAUUAAGCAGUGUUACAAUAUUACCUCUCACAUAGCAGUGUUAAAAUAGAACUCUCGCUGAGCAGUGUUAAAUCUUACCUCUCACAUAGCAGUGUUAAAAUAGAACUCUCACUAAGCAGUGCUACGAUCUUACCUCUCAUUAAGCAGUGUUACAAUCUUACCUCUCACUGAGCAGUGCUACAAUCUUACCUCUCAUUAAGCAGUGUUACAAUCUUACCUCUCACGGAGCAGUGUUAAAAUAGAACUCUCACUGAGCAGUGUUACAAUCUUACCUCUCACAGAGCACUGUUACGAUCUUACCUUUCACCGAGCAGUCUUACAAUCUUACCACUCACAGAGCAGUGUUACAUUCUUACCUCUUAAUGAGAAUUGUUAAAAUUUUACCUCUCACCGUUCAGUUUUACAAUCUUACCUCUCACCAGCAGGGUUACAAUCGUACCUCUCACUGAACACUGUUACAAUCGUACCUCUCACAGAGCAGUGUUACAAUCUUACCUCUCAAAGAGCAGUGAUACGAUAUUACUUCUCACCCAGGAGCUCUACAAUCUUACCUCAGAUUAUUCCUCUUUCAAAUAGAACUCUACUCGUUUUUAUUAUAUUCUAUUUAGAUUCCUUUGACAGGGUCAUUUUCAACUGAUGAUGUAGAUGGCACCGAUGUAACAUUUCAACUGAUUAUUAUUAAGACGGUACCGCUGUAACAUUUAGACAACUAAAUAGUACAACACGAGUAAAUCGGUUAUGAGGUGGUGGUCAGUGGUAUAACGGUGCUUGAAAGAGCGAGAAUAUUGAGUGUCAAUGUGUGAGAACCAUUCCGUUUUGGAAAAUCUAGUUUGCUCUUUUUAAGCUUAUUUAACUCUGCUCCUCACCUCGGAACGAUCCGUAGCAGAAAAUCUAAACUCAAGAAUUAAUUACAAAAGUUAAAAUUGAUAUUUUUUGUACUAAUUGGGUUCGUUUCUCCUUGUUCACAGGUUGCCCUUUGUAUUGUGAUAUAUUUCAUGUACCAACCCACCGCCCGGAAAACCCAACCCGUGACAACCGAGAAAUUCGUCGAGCUCACCUGUGACAUGACGCUACCCGGCCUGGCCUCGUUCCUGGCCUACAACCUCGUUCUGGUCUUGCUGUGCUCACUUUUUGCCUUCAAGACAAGGAAACUUCCUGACAACUUCAACGAAUCAAGAUUCAUUUCUAUGUGCGUGUCCACCACGCUGGUCAUCUGGUUGGCAUUUAUUCCAACCUACUUUACAGCGGGCCGCGAGUUUGUCCGCGUCCUUCUGCUAUCAUUGGCCCUCCUGCUCAACCACACCGUGGCUCUAGUGUUUCUCUUCUUGCCCAAGAUCUUCGCA